AUGAAGUUUGAGCCCACACCAGAGGCGCCGCCCGACGUGUAUGUGCGGUUGGAUGAGCGGGUCCAGCAGCAGUACAGCGUGCCAGCCAGGAGCGUGUUUGCGGUGGUGGAGGUGGGCGGCACGCAGUACAAAGUAGCCCCCAACGACGUGAUCGUCGUGGAGAAACUGGCAGACGUGGACGUGAACGACAAGCUGCAGCUGCAGCGCGUGUUGCUGCUGGGGUCUCAGGCGGAAACCAUCGUUGGCCGGCCGUAUGUGCCCCAUGCGGCAGUCACAGCGGCAGUCGAGGAGCAGUUCUUGGACGGCAAGGUGCUCAUCUUCCACAAGCGGCGCAGGAAAAACUCGCGCCGCCUGCGCGGGCACCGCCAGCCGCUGACGACCCUGCGGAUUUUGGACGUGAGCGGGAUUGCCGAUAGUGCAGCAGCAGGAAUUGCAGCGCUGUAG